GGCCACUGUUGGUGGUUGGGGGAAGCCUCUGAAAAGGUCAAGGCAAGGGGGGAGCAGUGAGAUCCCCCAGUUGCCCCCAUUUAAUGGGGAAGGGUCCUCCCUGGCCCCAGGAGCAGCUGAUCCAGAUUAACUACUAGUCUUGAAAAUCUACGUGAAACCGGUAUUCGCAUCCAGAACAAUGGCAAAUAACAAUGGCAGAUCACAAAGCAGCACAAGACAUCAUUGAACAGUAUAGGUGUUUGUCGUGAGGCUCAUGAAAGGUGAACGAACCUUGUGUUAAUUGCUCAUCGCUGAUUACACAAUUCAUUUGAUCUUUGGAAGGUGCCAGUUGUUUCCUUGAGGAAGAGGAACCAAGGAAUAAGGUAAUGGAUGAGAAGGUCCACAUUCACACCUGGUCCUGUUCCUAUUACCUCAACUCGGAGAAGCAAUGGGUGUCCGGCAAACUCCUCCUGACUCCGGUUUCGGUUAAGUUUACCGCGGACAAAUCCGGAGAGGUCCUGGCCAGCUUCCCCCUUUCCUCCAUCAGCGAGAUCAAGAAGGAAUCGUCCACCUUGAUCUUCAGUUCCCUCACAAUUUUGGAGAGCAGCACCAAGCAUUGGUUCAGCUCCCUUCAACCCAACCGGAAUGUGAUCUUCAACGUGCUGGAACACUUUUGGAGAGAGCAGCUCCUCUCGCCCGACGGGGCUAGGGCGCAGACGGCAUGCGUCCAGACCCCCAAGGGCAAGGAGUUGACCGGCUUGUUGAUGGGGUCUCAGAAGCGUCUGGAAGAUACCUCGAAGGUGCUGGAGCACCAGGGCGAACAGUUCGAUAACAUCAUGAAAGGCCUGGACAAGAUUGAGUCGGAGAUGGAUGUGGCAGAUAGGUUAUUAUCCCAACUCGAGUCUCCAUCUUGGUGGCCUUUUGGUGGGAAACUCCUCGCCAAAGCCGUGUCCGAAGUGGGAAAGGCGACGGAGAAACCCGCGGCUCUGCCAUCCGGGAGCAAAGAUGGCGUCCUCGUGCAGAUCCCCGUCAUCGUCACCGAACGGGCCGACACUCAUGCCAAACCGGGCAGCCUCUCCCUCUUAGUGUCCGGCCUGAGGAUCUGCGGCGCCAAGGCCCAGCUGCUCCACUGGUUUGAGAAGCAGGACGUGGACGAGGUCAGAGUCCACAGCCCGUAUGAAAUAUGCGUCCGCCAGAGGUUUAUCGGCAAGCCGGACAUCUGUUACCAGCUCCUGUCGGCCAAGAUGCCCGAGGCCAUCCCGUUCCUGGAGAUGCAGUACAGCAAGAAGAUCCAAUUCCUGCAGGAUGCCGUGGGGCUGGCGCAGGCUAGGAGGACCUCCCCGGAGGAAGCGGGGGGCUCCAUCUGGCAGGCAGCCACUGGGUUUGUGGGAAGCCUAGUUCAAUCCGGAUCGACACCAUCCUCCUCUGGAGGAAGCGCAGACAGCAAGCAGGCUCAGAUGCAGAAGGAGAAACAGAUUGUCUCCCAGAGUGAAAUGCAGGAAAUCCGUCAGAUCCUUCGGAGGCUCAAGUGUUUGGCCCUGGAAACGGAAACGGAGCUGGAGCGGCAGGACGAGAGCCUGGAUGCCAUUACGUCCUCCGUGGAUCAGGCCAACAUGAGCAUCGACCGGCAUAACCGCAGAAUCCGGAAACUCACCUAGAGACCCGCCCCCGCCCCCUCCAGCGAGAGGAUUUUGGCCGCUGGGAACACAGUGGUCCCCCUUCGUCCUGUGGGGCCACCUCCUGGAGGUGUCCUUUAGCUUGGCCGGUGUCAGAUGGGUUGACAAAGCAAACAAACAAACAAACAAACUCGCAAAACAAUAACACCCGAUUGGGGUGUUAUUAAACAAAGGGGAUGUCCGGUUUAAGUCGCAAAGGAACCGACGUUCUUCAGUUGCAAAGGAAGAAGGAGCAGACUCGUUUUGAUUGUUCUCCAGCUGACCUCCUGGAUCCCUUCGCCACGUGGGCACCCAGAAAUUUAUCCAUGCGCUAGAGAGAGUCUUGAGCGGUGCAUGGAAAUAUGACAAUGAGAUCUGCAAAAAUUUUCAUUUAAAUCGCCUGUUGGACCACCCGUUCUCUUCGUGGCUUCAAGAGCCCCCCAGCCAUGUCUUUGCAUCUUGCCUCCUGGGGUUGUGGGUGCUCCAUCUCUGGAGGUUUUCAAAAACAGACCAGGGUGGUGUAAGACAGGGGUAGUCAACCUUGGCUCUUUUAUGACUCGUGGACUUCAACUCCCAGAAUUCCU